CCGGCAGUGCCGAUCGAGAUAAGCUCAACGUACAGGACACGUGAGAACAAUUUGACUACACACUACCACAUAAACAAUCCGGCGAUUCAACAAACCACAGAAACUCCUGUUUUCUCUUGACUCACCCUCACUCUCCCCCCCUACAUAACCCAAACCAUUUCAGGUAUAUCCAAGCUCUAUCGUAUAUCCUCACUCUUUAGAUAUUCUUUACCCAUCUUCCAUCAUGUCAGAGAAGGACCUUUUAAAGGCGGCGGAUCUUUUGCAGGCGGCGGACCUCGAAUUACAGGCCGCGCCACCAUCCAGAGCUCGUAAGUUACAGGCCGCGUCGCCAUCCAGAGCCCGUAAGUUCAAGAUUGUCGGCACCCUUAUUUUCGCCGCUUUUUGGUUCUCUGCCAUUUUCUUUCAUGUGGUGCCAUCCCUCGCGCAUGAAACUGGGGUUGCCUCUAAAUACCACGCCGAGGGCGCCAAGCACGUCAGAAAGAAUGUCAUUUUCAUGGUUUCCGACGGCAUGGGUCCAGCCUCGAUCUCGCUUGCCAGAAGUUUCCGCCAGUUUCGCGACGAGCUUCCGUUUGGCAACACCUUGGCCUUGGACAAGCACAUGAUUGGCUCCUCCCGCACCUUGUCCGACUCCUCGCUCGUGACAGACUCUGCCGCUGGUGCCGUAGCCUUUGCGUCAGGCCAGAAGACCUACAACGGCGCCAUUGGUGUCAACCCAUACAAGGUGCCUAUUGGGACCAUCUUGGAGGCUGCCAAGUUGCAGCGGAACUAUAAGACCGGCUUGGUGGUAACCACGCGCCUUACGGAUGCCACGCCUGCAGCCUUCUCAGCGCACGCGGACUAUCGUUUCCAGGAAGAUUUGAUUGCGCAACAGCAGUUGGGUGGCUAUGAAUUGGGCCGUGUGGUUGAUUUGCUUAUUGGUGGCGGCAGAUGCCACUUCCACCCGGUUGCUGAGGGCGGGUGCAGAGCCGACGCGACCAACUUAAUCGUGCAGGCCCAGACCGACGGCUGGCAGUACGUCUCCGACAGAGCUUCCUUCGACAAGUUGGGGGCCAAGGGCGAACAUGUGCAGUUGCCGUUAUUGGCGCUUUUAGCCGAGGGCGACAUCCCGUACGAUUUGGACAGAAACGCAAGCGUGUAUCCUUCGUUGAAGGAGGAGACAACCGUUGCGAUGAACGCAUUGCUCCAGGCUUCUCUAGAUGAUGACACCAGUGAAGGUUUCUUCUUGCUUGUGGAAGGCUCCAGAAUCGACCACGCGGGACACCACAACGACCCAGCGGCACAGGUGCGUGAGGUGUUGGCCUAUGACGAGACUUUCCAGCAGGUUUUGGACUUUGUGAACAAACAUUCCAGCGAAACCGAGCAGUUUAUCGUGUUAUCCACCUCUGACCACGAAACCGGUGGCUUGGCCACCUCCAGACAGAUCUCCCCAAGCUACCCAGAUUACGUGUGGUAUCCCGAGGCACUUGACAACGCUUCUCACUCCGGGGAGUAUGUGGCGGCCAAAUUGCGCCAAUUCCAGGCGGCAGAUGAAGCAGAAUUAGGAAAGUUUAUCGGCGAAACCUUGCGCUCCGAUUUGGGGAUCGUGGACUACACUGAAGAUGACAUUAAGACGUUGAGCAGCAUCCGUGACAACGCGAUUGACUACUUGAACAACUUGGUUUCCUUCAGAUCCCGCACCGGUUGGUCCACUCACGGUCAUUCUGCCGUUGACGUCAACAUCUACGGGUACUCCCCAAAGAGGAAGGUGAUGGGCGAGAUCUACGAGAAUUUGGCUGGUAACCACGAAAACAUCGAAAUUGGCCAGUUCAUGCAACGCUGGGUCGAUGUGGAUAUCAGCAAGAUUACCCAGAAGAUCAAGAACGUUGAGCAUUCUCCAAAGGACGGUGUUUCCGCUGAGAGUGUUUCCGGGGAUGCCUAUCAUUUCAACGUGUAAUCUGGCUAUCAGUUUCAUGGAGUUGCUAGAUCAGUUUAUUUAUUUAAUACCCGUUCAAUACUUGGCAUGUAGUCUAUGUGAAAGUGAGUUUGAGGAGAUAUGAUAUUGAUAGAGCACAUUAAUCUCUGGAAGUAUGCUUCUGGACGUUCAAACAUGACUGGACAGUGCAAUGCUAAAGCAUAUCGUGUUUAUCUAUGACUAUGGCGGAUUAUUUAGCAACAUAAUACAAGUUAAUAU